UCACUUAAAGCGUGGCUCAAUGUAAUUGGUCGUUAAUGUAAUGCACACACCAAGCAGUUGCUUAGAAAGUUCAAUCCGUUAAGAGGAAAGGCGGGCGUUACAUGUUCAUUCAAAGCUAACAAAGCAGAUAAAAAAAGAGAGAAAAUGGCAGUUCAUGCACCACUCUCAGUUGUCUCAGUAAAUCCAGUUCCUAAAAUCAGCUCUAAAAAGCUUGAAACUGAAUUUAACGUUCUGAAACAAAGAGAGGUUUGUUCUGUUCAUUUCAAGCCGGUUAGAAUUAGAAUCCAUGGUGGUGGAAGCAGCAGGUUAACAAGAUUGAAUGCUGCGGGGUUGUCUGAGAUUGAACCUGACCUUAAUGAAGACCCUGUUGACAGAUGGGCCAUCAACAGUGUCAGCUCUGAAGAUUUUAAGUAUGGGGAAUAUGAUGGGCACCAUACGUACUACGAAGGAGAGGAGAAAGGAACAUUUUGGGGAGCAAUUGCAGAUGACAUUGAUGCUAUAGAACCUCCUACAGGAUUCCAAGGCCUUAUUUCAUGGCUCUUUCUCCCUACAGUUGCUGCAGGAAUGUUUUUCAAUGUUCCGGGAGAGUACUUGUUCAUUGGAGCUGCAGUGUUUACGGCUAUAUUUUGUAUAAUUGAGAUGGAUAAACCGGAUAAGCCCCAUCACUUUGAGCCUCAGAUAUAUAACAUGGAGAGGGGAGCUCGAGAUAAAUUAAUCAAUGACUACAAUACCAUGAGCAUAUGGGAUUUUAAUGAGAAAUAUGGAGAUCUCUGGGAUUUCACUGUCAAGAAGGAUGAUAUAACAAGAGAUAACUUCUCCUGAGCGAAGAGAAUUGUAAUUAUUAGCUAUAGCUAUUUGAGCAUAGAAGGUAUAGGUUUUUUUUUUCUUCCCUUUCUUUUCUUGUGUUCUUCAAGAGUGCAAAUUCUUUGUUUGUAAAAUGUAUCCCCAACUCCAAACUAAAAACUUCAAAAUAUAGUUUAAUUUUAGGAGAAGGAAUUUUAUUUAAACUUGAUUACAUUAUCAACGAUAAUGUAAUAAUAUAUAAACAAAAUCAUAUAUCAAAUUAAUGCACGAGACUUACUAAA